AUGGCCUGGCUCCUCCACGGCAUCUUGCUUGGAGAUGUUUCCCUGUUCCUUGUCGAGAACAAGACUGGGAAGGAACAGAGCAGGAAGCUCUGGCAUUUUGAUAACAGAAAAGGAUUGGGGGUCUGGCAGAAGAUGGUCAGGCCUCUCAUUGAUGUUUCAGACAGGUUUUGGAUUCAGAUUAUUGCAUCCUGGAAAGUUGGAUCAGAAGCCAUCAUUGCUUUUGAUAAUGUGUCACUCAGUCUGGACUGUUACCUAACAAUCAAUGAAGAGAAGACAUCUCGAGACUACAGUCCAGACGCAGGCAAUCUGCUCACAGAUAGAGGCAGAGGGGAAAGACAUUUUACAGAAGGGCCAACACAGGAACCUACACCAUUUAGCUAUGGAGAUAAUUGGCUGUUUACCACUUGUGGUGCCAGCGGCCCUCACGGGCCCACUCAGACCCAAUGCAAUGAUGCCUACAGGAAUGCCAACCUCAGUGUAUUGAUAGGGACAGAAGAAAAUUUCCCAGGUGUACAGAUCUGGAGAGUACCUGCUACCAAUACCUACAGCAUCUCCACCUAUGGGGCAGCUGGUGGCAAAGGGAAGAACACUAUAAUGAGGUCAAACGGUGUGAAUGUGGCAGGGAUAUUUAAACUCCAGAAGAAUGAAACCUUAUAUAUUUUGGUGGGGCAACAAGGAGAAGAUGCCUGUCCUAGUACCAACCAUAUCAUUCAGAAAGUCUGCCUUGGAGAGAAUAAUGUGGUUGAAGAUGAAAUUAAAGUAAACAAGAGCAUCCAUGAAUGGGCAGGAGGAGGUGGAGGAGGUGGAGGAGCAACCUACAUAUUUAAGAUGGAGAAUGGAAAGCCAGUCCCUUUGAUCAUUGCUGCAGGAGGAGGUGGUAGGGCCUAUAGGGCCAAAGUAUAUACAUUCAGUUAUGAAAGACUGGAGAAUGAUACCUCUAUACCAGGGCUCAAUGGGAAACCAGGAGCUGCAGGUGGUGGAGGUGGCUGGAAUGAUAACACUUCCUUCCUCUGGUCAGGAAAAUCUUUGCUGGAAGGCGCUAUCGGAGGAAAAUCCUGCCCCCAGGCCAUGAAGAAGUGGGGGUGGGAGACAAGAGGGGGUUUCGGAGGGGGUGGAGGGGGGUGCUCCUCAGGUGGAGGAGGCGGAGGAUACAUAGGAGGCAAUGCAGCAGAAAACAAUGACCCAGAGAUGGAUGGAGAGGAUGGUGUGUCUUUUAUAAAUAACCAGUAUGGUACCUUGUUUACCCCAGCAUUAAAAGUGACUGAGGGGCAUGGUGAAGUCAAUAUCAAGCUGUAUGUGAACUGUAGCCACUGUGCUCAUGACUUGUGCUACCGGGAUGUGAAAACACAGGAGGUUGUUUGCACUUGUCUCUAUGGAUAUGUGUUGGCUGACAAUGGCAUCUCUUGCUCAGCUGAAAUGGUGCUUCCAACAAAGAAUCCUCCUCUCUCCUUGGUCUUGUCUGUAGUGACUUCUGCCCUUGUUGCUUCUCUCAUUCUGGCCUUCUCAGGGAUUAUGAUAGUGUACCGCCGGAAACACCAGGAACUACAAGCCAUGCAGAUGGAAUUACAGAGCCCUGAGUAUAAACUGAGCAAGUUGCGCACCUCCACCAUUAUGACCGACUACAAUCCCAAUUAUUGCUUUGCAGGGAAGACAACUUCCAUUAGCGACCUCAAAGAGGUGCCCCGGAAAAAUAUCUCUCUGAUAAGGGGUUUAGGCCAUGGAGCCUUUGGGGAGGUGUAUGAAGGCCAGGUGGUUGGGAUCCCCAAUGAUCCUAGUCCCUUGCAAGUGGCUGUAAAAACUUUGCCAGAGGUUUGUUCAGAGCAAGAUGAGCUGGAUUUUCUCAUGGAAGCUCUUAUAAUCAGUAAGUUCAGCCAUCAGAAUAUAGUGCGCUGCAUUGGGGUGAGUCUGCAGGCACUGCCACGCUUUAUUCUGCUGGAGCUCAUGGCUGGAGGAGACUUGAAAUCUUUCCUGAGAGAGACACGGCCUAGACCGAGCCAUCCCUCAUCACUGGCCAUGCUGGACCUCCUACACGUGGCUCGUGACAUCGCUUGUGGCUGUCAGUAUUUGGAAGAAAACCAUUUUAUUCACAGAGACAUUGCUGCUCGAAAUUGCCUACUUACUUGUAAAGGUCCUGGAAGAAUAGCUAAAAUUGGAGAUUUCGGAAUGGCACGGGACAUAUACAGGGCCAGCUACUACAGAAAAGGAGGUUGUGCAAUGCUUCCUGUCAAGUGGAUGCCACCUGAGGCCUUCAUGGAAGGAAUAUUUACAUCCAAAACAGAUACCUGGUCAUUUGGAGUGUUGCUGUGGGAAAUAUUCUCUCUUGGAUAUAUGCCUUAUCCCAGCAAAAGUAACCAGGAGGUCCUAGAGUUUGUAACAAGUGGAGGAAGGAUGGAUCCACCCAAAAACUGUCCUGGCCCGGUGUAUCGGAUAAUGACCCAGUGCUGGCAACAUCAGCCUGAGGACAGGCCAAAUUUUGCCAUAAUAUUGGAGAGGAUUGAAUACUGCACCCAGGAUCCUGAUGUCAUCAAUACUGUUCUGCCUGUGGAAUAUGGUCCAUGCAUUGAAGAAGAAGAAAAGAUUCCAGUCCGUCCUGAAGACCCAGAAGCAAUUCCUCCUCUGUUAGUCUUGCCACAGCAAGAGAAAAGGGGUGCUGAACAACUCCUGCCAUCCCCUCUCUCUUUGGCUUUAGCCAUCCAGCCAGGAAAGCCUCUCAUGAAAGUGGCUGGCGUUGAGCAACCACCAGUCCGGGCUAAUGUACAGGCACCCUUGGAAGGAGGACAUGUCAACAUGGCAUACGCUCAGUCCAACCCUGCAACUGAGCUCCAUAAAGGUGGGGGGUCCAGAAACAAACCCACCAAUCUCUGGAACCCGACGUAUGGCUCUUGGUUUUCAGAGAAACCAGUUGUCAAAAACACUUCACAGGUGGAAAAAGAGGCAACUGAAAGAGAAGGUUCAGGGCACGAAGGGAACAGUACUUUGGGACCCAGCAUUGUGGCUGGACGGCUACCAAGCUCCUCCCUUCUUCUAGAACCAUCUUCGCUGACAGCCAGUGUUAAAGAAGUGCCUCUGUUCAGGCUCCGCCAUUUCCCCUGUGGGAAUGUUAACUAUGGAUACCAACAGCAGGGCUUGCCUUUGGAAACCUCGGCCUCACCCUUGUGCCAGCAGUUACGAGGGCCCUCACCUUAGAAACCUGGUCCAUCUGGGGUCUUGAAAGUCUCCAGUUCUCUUGACUUUCUUCCUGUGUGAGCCAUGACUCAUGAGCCUUGGAGUAAACCUCAGUAUCAUCCAUACAGCAAGCAUGAGAACAAGAAGAUUCCCUUCUGUUAUGUGCCAAUAUGCUCUGAAGUGGCAUCCUUUGAAACUAUGCUUUUUUCCAGCACUCAAGAAGCUUCAGUUUUUCAGAGCCCCUUCCUACACACACACACACACACACACACACACACACACACACACAUCAGUAUUAUCAGCAAGGCCCCAUUCUCAGUUGCAUAAAAUCAUCUGCAUGGUUGUUAUGCUAUGUGCUUUCCCAUGCACCGUUUCCUCUUGGUUGUUUGUGUGCUGUUUCAGGACUCACAGUCCAAGUGUUUAAUGUGUGGAGAUUUCCUCUACUGCCAGAUGCAAAAUAUGGAAAUCCCUCUUGAUGUCAGAGAUUUGAGGAGAGGAUGGGGAAAAGUCAUAUUCAUAACAAGAAACAAUGUUAUCUCUGAAAGGGCACAUAGCCAAUGCAGCUACAGAGUGCCCCUUCUACAAAAACCAUGGUAUCAUUGGCAAGAAAACUAAGUUGAUCACACUGCUUUCAUUCCCAAGAAGGACAUUGCAGAAAAUUGAAUAACAUGAUAAUAUUAUAUAAUGCAUCUUGAUGAAAAUAUGACAUCCUGUUAAUACUGUAAUGGGACAACAAAGAGCAAGCAUCAUUCAGUGUGUAUUCAUUUUUAGGGGGUUAUGCUACAUUUUAGAGCAGGGGCUGGGAACCUUUGAGAUUUGGAACUAACACUCUUGCAUUCCUUUAACAUCCAUUGUGUUGGCUGUGUUUAGCUGAAAAGAGCUGAACUCAGAAACAUUUGAAAGGUCAAAGGUUCUUUCUCCCUAAUUUCAAGGCUGAGGAAAAGACUAGCAAGACAGUAAAAUCCCGCUUGUAAAAGAAGGAAAUCACUAGUGUUAUGUAUACAUUAACAGUGUGCAGGUAGAAUUUGUACAGAUGGUAAAGCACAGAUAUAGCUCUAAAUUAUGUUGUUCUGCACCAGGAUAUUAUUAUUUAUUAAUGCAGCAACAACUAUGUACGCAUGCCACUUUAGGGGCUGUGCAAAAAGGUUUGUGAAAUAGGAGUAUUUUGAGAAGGGAUGUUUUAGAUCAUCAGCCACUGACCAUCCCUCAGUCAUGGAUCUGUUGGAAUCAAUAUGCACACUAAAAAAUCACCACUUGAGUAUCAAGGCUGGAAUAACUGACUAUUUCAGUAUGUUGUCCAACUCACCCAACAUACCAUAGACCAAACUUUGAGCAUACUUCAAAAGCUUCUGUGAAGAUUAACAAAAAAGCUUGUCAAAGUAACCUCCUAUGAAGCAGGUGCCAAAAUUCAUCUUACAUAAGCAACAUAACUAAUGGAUUCGGGAGGCACUGGUCAUGCUUGUUGCAUAAGCACGACUGGUAUCACAAAUUCGUAGGUUACUUCACUGUUGCAGGCAGAUAAGUUGACAUGCUGUCCUUCAGGAUAUAGGAGAAAUAAUUUCAACCUUGGAUCUCCAGACUCAUUAAACAAUGGGGAUAAUCUGCUGCAUAUACCUCAAUGAAGUUAAGUGGGAAAUGUACAUGGUCAUACCAGCCUGGCUCUCACAUUAUUCCAAUGGAUACUAUAAAGGAGAAUGAAAACUAGUUUAUGCCUAAUGCCUCUGUGUCAAGGGCUUAUAAUACUCCUUCCACUAAAUAAAUGCAGCUGCAAUUCUGUGCACAGUUACACUACGUAAGACACAUUGAUUUGAUUGGGAUUUUAUAUGCAAAGGAAGAAGCCUGACCUUCUUGAAUGAUAGGCAAAAAAACAUCCACAUUCCAUGGAAGGAGCAGUAAAUCAAUGAGACAAUGAGCCUGAAUUCUUAAUAAAUUACAGUUGAAAAAAUCUAAUCAUGGAUCCCAAUUUCACAAUAAUAGGUCUUGUUCUGUUCACGGGAUGACCAAGAACCUUGAAGCGUAGCUCAAACAGCUCAAGCUUGACCCUAAUUUUCAGCCUGCAGUCACUGGCAGUCUUUGUUUCUUGUGUUCAUAAAGCAGUUCUGUCCUAGCCAUGACUUAGAAAGUUUUAUUUUUAAGAUCAGCAUCCCUGUUUAUUGCAGCAGAAGCAAAGUAUAUAGGUUAGUAAUUCCACAGCUCUUGUGCUCAACACUGCCAUUUGCUCACAGCAGGGGGCAUGCGCCACCUGCAUGAAUUGCCUUUGGGGGUAAUUAUUAAACAUAGACCAUGAGACUCUGUAAGAUGCAAGAGAUACGUGAAACAUUUCUCAUCUGCUAAGAGUAUAAAGGAGUACUCAUCUGCAUUCCUGCAUUGUCCUUACGAACCACUGCUGCAUGGUUUUUCAUGUACAUAAAUCCAAUGGCAUAUUGCAGGAGGCUCUCCCUGCCCCACAGUCAGAUUGUUUUGUUACAGUCUUGGUAGAUUUUAGAGGUCAAGGGAAGUAUCUAAAAUCAGCAGGCCUCCCCCAGCCAUCCCAAUAUAAUAGGGAAAUAAAGGAAGGGCUUGGUUUUAUGCUGAUACUUGUUUGGGAAGCUUAGACCCAUCAACGUAAGCAGAACUUCAGAACAACCAUCAGCAGGGUUAUUUAUAGGGCUGGCUCAUUGCUGAAAUGGAACAGUCAAUCCUCUUAAAUAUCUAGCACAGGUGGGUGAUAAAGGAUUUGAGUCACCCUGCAGCAGAAUAACAUCACACUAGUAUAACUAGAGCAGCAUUUCACUGUAAGGCAGACACUACAUUAGCCUAAACUCAAAUGCAGACAAUAAUGCUGGCUGCAAUAGCAUCAGAAAUAAAUGGGAACAGUGGAGUUUCAUACAAAGAUACUUUAUCCCCCACAGGCUCCUAUUGCCUUAGGCAGAAGUCAUUUCCAACACAUGAUCAUGCGAGGCAGCAAGGAGUAUGGAUCAGCUGAACAUUUAUUACCAUCUCAGCUUUCUAAAUGCUUUUCCUUUGUCUGCUCAGAGACUUGGGGCUGAUUACAAGAUAGUGUAACCUUUGAAGGCACUUUAGAGAAUACACCAGAGAGUGUACAAAUGACCCUAUCAGGCCUUUGAGCAACAAUGAGUGGGACAUUAGAUGUUGCUGUAACAUAUAGGACUUAGAAGCCCUUCAGUAGUUUCAACGCAACAAUCAUUCCGGGAAUAUUAUGUGCCCCUAUUAUCAAUUGCACAAUACAUUUCAUUAUGACAAAAACAGAAUGAAGGAUGGCAAGUCACAGCAGGGAAUAGAAUUAGUUAGCCAUGGUGCCAUAAGAAAAGUUGAGCAAAAAGCAAGUUAGCUGGGGAGGGGAUAGCCCACCCA